AUGAAUUUUGCAAACAGAUGGUUCUUGAGAUCCGCUCUGAACUUUGUAAGUGAUGGAGAAGUAGUCAAAAAAGGAGGUAGAGAGUUCCAGGAAAAAAGACCAGAAAAAGCAAAAGCAGAUUUAGCAAAAGAGUGUUUAACACGAGCCCUGAUGGGAAAUGGAACUGGUGGCAUUAGGUACGUGCUGGAAAAUGGUAGUUGCUCGUGUGUUUCCACGGGAAAUGUCAAUCAAGUAUACUUGAAUUUGAAUGUGGGUUCCUCUAUAUGUUACGUGAGAAAUGAUUGCCCGGAGAAUUUCGAUCAUAUUAUAGAGCAUCACAAAUGCUAUAAAAUGUUCUUUAACGCGAUGAACUGGACGAAUGGAAGGUCAUUUUGUAACAGUUUGGCUUCGCACCCACUUUUGAUUGAAGAGGAUUUAGAAUAUUUUGUCUCUUUGAAAUACAUUGAUCAUGUUACUCCAAGUUGGUCUGUGAAAUGA